CUCUCCCAAUAUCCCCGCCUCUACCCCUCAGUGAUUGGCUUCAGGGGCUGCCCGUCCACUUCAUACUCACCAAUCCCUGCUGUCUCCGGAGAUGGUUGGCCAGCACGCAGCCAAUCGGAGUACGGCGUGGACCCCUCCCGCGGCGCGCGCGGAGGGUGCGCGAGGCGGGACUGUGGCAGCUGGAGGUGGCGGCGGCAGCGGCGGCGGCGACACGUCCCAGCCGGACCGAGUCCCCCGCCGUCCUGAGCAGGCCUGGAAUGGGUAAUGGUGUGAAGGAAGGCGUGGUGCGCUUGCGUGAGGAUGCCGAGCCGGUCCUGCCCGCUCACGUCUCUUCAAAGAGUGAUCACAGGAAAGUCCUCAGCUCCCUCCUGUCCGGGGCCCUGGCUGGUGCUCUUGCCAAAACGGCGGUAGCUCCCCUGGACCGAACCAAAAUAAUCUUCCAAGUGUCCUCAAAAAGAUUUUCUGCCAAGGAGGCCUUCCGGCUCCUCUACUUCACCUACCUCAACGAAGGCUUCCUCAGCCUGUGGCGCGGGAACUCGGCCACCAUGGUGCGCGUGGUGCCCUACGCCGCCAUCCAGUUCAGCGCGCACGAGGAGUACAAGCGCAUCCUCGGCAGCUACUACGGCUUCCACGGAGAAGCCCUGCCCCCUUGGCCCCGCCUCCUCGCGGGUGCCCUGGCUGGAACGACCGCUGCUUCCCUGACCUACCCCCUGGACCUGGUCAGAGCGCGGAUGGCCGUAACCCCAAAGGAAAUGUACAGCAACAUCUUUCACGUCUUCAUCCGCAUCUCCCGAGAAGAGGGGCUGAAGACUCUCUACCACGGAUUCGUUCCUACCGUGCUGGGGGUCAUUCCCUACGCCGGCCUGAGCUUCUUCACCUAUGAGACACUCAAGAGCCUGCACAGAGAAUACAGCGGCCGCUCGCAGCCCUACCCCUUCGAGCGCAUGGUCUUCGGGGCCUGCGCCGGCCUCAUCGGGCAGUCAGCGUCUUACCCGCUGGACGUGGUGCGGCGGCGCAUGCAGACGGCCGGCGUCACGGGCCACCCGCGUACGUCCAUCCUGCGCACGAUGCACACCAUCGUGCGGGAGGAGGGCGUGGUGCGCGGCCUCUACAAGGGCCUGAGCAUGAACUGGCUCAAGGGCCCCAUCGCCGUGGGCAUCAGCUUCACCACCUUCGACCUCAUGCAGAUCCUGCUGCGGCACCUGCAGAGCUAGGGGCUGGUGGGAUCGGCCACUCUCGAGCUUCAGUUCCCGGUGGACCACUGCCCCCUUCGGUUUCUGAGCCCAGGGAGCAAGGGUGCGCUGGGUUCCAUCCAGGAGGCACACGGAUGUGCCUUGUGGAACAAGCUGGGGGACCUGGGGGGCCUGGGCUCCGCGUGCGCAGGUCUGAGAGGAAAACCAGUGGCCCCCGAAGUGCAUUGUUGGGAAGGCGAAGGGGGCCCGAGGCUCCCGUGCUCUCCUCUUCCUGCCUCAGCAGGGCUGAGGCUGCCCCCUGAAGUAUGACCGUGAACACCCUGGGUGGGGAGUGGCCAGCACUGCCUCCUGGUCCUUGAACAGCCUCCUGGUUCUAGUGACCUGGUCCCUACUGGGCUCAGAGCCACACCCAGCCUGUCCCUUGUCGUUCUGAGUCUGUGUCCUCUGGCAGCUGGAGGAGGGGGCAGGGGGAGCCCCAGACAGUGUGGGGCUGAGGCCUGGCCUCCUGCCCUGUCCCCGAUGAGAUCGGCCUCCUGCUCAGCUGUGGCUACAAAUGCAGCCUCUCGCCCCACCCUGCCCGCCCCACCUUUCCUGCCCUCACCAUUGCUCCCCAGGUCACAGGACUUCUAGGGCUUGGGAACAGCCUUCUCCUAAGAGUGUUAUCCCGAUUCCAGACUGUAUCCCAGGCCCCUGGAUUGGGUUUUCCCCUCUGUGUCCCCCCCGCCCCCCAGUUUGUAAUGUUCCGAGGAGGGUCACACCUCCUCCAGGCAACAGGGUUUGAGGAAUCGCCGUGGGUUUGGGUCUCAGCCCCAACCUGGGGGCAUCUGCCUGGGUUGCCAGGAAACUCUUGUCCCCGCCCCACUGGCUGCACUCAUGAAGGCUGAGCCUCAGGCCCCGACCCUCUGCCCAUAGGCACGGGGGCUCGUGGGGGGACCCAUGGCAUGUGGCACAUUCCUGGCUUCUCUCCUGAGUGGUUGCUUGGCCGGGACAUGGGGCAAUUUAAGGCCCGUGGGGUUGUCUGAUUUCCCGUGAAUGGAGUACCCGGAGGCAGCUGGCUGCCUUGAUGCUCCCAAAGUGAGAGCCUGAGACAGUGUCUGGCCUGGGGGCAGGAAGUUUGGAAGAGUCAGAGUACCCCAAGGAGCUAGUCUCACCGAGGGGCCCCCCGGGAAUCACAGGGACUCGGAAACGCCUGUUUCCUAAUGAUGUUUGGAGUUUGAUUUUUUUUUUUGGUUUUGUUUUUUCAAUUUGGCUGGCCCUGGGUCUAGACACCAUAAACCCUGACCAGUGCAAUGUGGUUCCAGGACCAGGACAACCAGAGGAUCGGUUUUCGCAGUGGGCUCCGUAGCCAUGAUGUGUGCAAGGGUCUGAGAGGGUGUCUUUGCUGCCACACGUGCAUUUCUAAUUGUGACUUUCAUUUCCUCCCUUUAUUCUGUCCUGUUUCUGUUUUUCUUGCCUUAGUCCCGUGGGUGUGAAGACCCCUCUUUCUGUCCUUCCUGCAUGUUUCCACCAGUCAGUCCUAGUCUUGUCUCCAGACUCUCGUUCCCGGGGGCCCAAGCAGCCUGUGAUGGCUGUCCUGUUGGGUCAGCCUCCAACCCGCCAUCUCUCCCAGCCUUGCCCGGCACUCAGGAGAGGCAGGGGCGCCCCCACAGAGGGACAGGAUGGGAACAUGAGAGCCCCCACGUGAGAGCAGGAAGGACUGGGGGUCCACUCCAGGCGGAUGAGACCAAACGGAUACUUAGGCAGGGCCCUCCUUUGAGCUGUAGGCUGGACAGGAGUGGGGAGGGUCCCGCAGGGUUGCCGGCCCCCGUGCGCCCCCCCGUGGUGGCUCCCAGCUAAGUGCGCCUCGGCAGCGCCCCCCCCAUCCGCCCCCAUCCCCCAAGCCCUGCGCACAGUCGGACCUGUGCCCUCGGCAGUCACACCCCUCUCACUGGUUGCCUGGCCUGAUUUGGAGUUACAUUUUGAUGCCAUGAAGACACUUUGUUUAUAUAUAAUGUUUAUAUAUUUUAAAGAUUUGUGCCAAGAGAGUAUAUUUAAUAAAAACUAA